AUGUCGCCUGAAAAGCCUCUUCUCGUUGUUUGCGGUGCUACUGGUAACCAAGGAGGCUCUGUGAUCAACUAUUUUCUCUCACAGCCAUCAAACCCAUACGCGCUCCGGGGCAUCACUCGUGACCCUUCUUCUGCCAAGUCCCAAGCUUUAGCAGCGCAGGGCGUCGAGAUGGUCGCAGGGGACUUCAAUCACCCGUUGUCCCUUGAUUCGGCCUUCAAGGGUGCUUCUGCCAUUUUUGGCGUCAAUGACUUUUGGGUCUACUUUCGCAACGCCGAGAAGCGUGGCGAGGCCGAAGCUAAAGGGGAAAACUGGGGGGCUCUGUCCAGGGACAACGACACGCAGGAGAUCAAGAGCAUUAUUGAUGCUGCCUCCAGGGUCCCUGCGCUCGAACGAUUUGUCCUUGCUAGCAUGGCGAACUCGAACAAGCUCAGUGGGGGCAAGUACGCGGAAUGCUACCACUUCGAAGGCAAAGCGAUUGCCGAGGAUUACGGUCGCCAAAACCAGCCCGAACUCUGGAAGAAGACCAGCGUGCUUUAUGUUGGAUUUUACCUGGAAAAUUAUCUUGGUCCGAUGAGUGCCUUCUUUCUGCCUAAGUUGAACAAAACAAAGAGUUGUCUGGUGCUCAAUCUGGGAGAUUUACUUCCGUCGGUGAGCUGGCCAUGGUGUGCAGCCAUUGAUGACACAGGCGUUCUUGUUGCAGGCUUGCUCCGCUCCCUGCCGGGCCAGAGAGUCAUUGGGAACAGAGAAUGGCUCACCAUGCUUGAUAUAACCAAGAUUCUGGCUGAGCUAGUCGAUGCAACUGAUGUCGAAGUUUCCAGUGAGCCUGUCAGCUUUGAUAUGGGAGAUACUCUUGUAACCACCGAUAACAUGCACAUGAUUGGAUUCAGUGCCGAGUUUGGGUAUGACGGCCACCUGGCUGGGAAUGAGGUUACAGAGCCUUCCAAACUAGGGAUAUCGCUGCCUUCCGUGAAAGAAUGGUUUCAACAACAAGAUUGGGCUUCAAAGAUUCAGACUGUGGAGUGA